AUGACUGUGAAUAGAGUGAUGGAACCAAUUCAAUUGACUCGAUGGCUUCUGAUGUCACUGGGAGUCUGGCCUUUCGUCACUGAUACCUCAACGACUAUCGAUAUAAUCAUCGGAAUAACAGUCCAGGUAUUCUCGUAUGGUCUACUCAUAUUUACCAUUGUCCCCACAACGUACCACAUAUUUAUUCGAGAGCAGAAUAUGGAUGCGAGGAUAACUCUAAUCGGUCCUAUUUGCUUCUUCAUUACCAAUCUCAUCAAGUACUGUGCCAUUAUUUACCACCGCGAGGAUAUAAAGCAGUGCAUAAACAGUAUUAAGGGGGAUUGGCAACGAGUGACAGAUCAACGGGACCGUGAUAUAAUGAUGAAAAAUGUGUCAACCGGAAGAAACUUGACAGUUCUAUUCGCCAUUUUUAUGUACUCCGGUGGAAUGUUUUAUCACACUUUUAUGCCAUUUCUCAUUCCCAGUCCUGUGACUGGUACCAGAAAUACUACCAGUCGACCACUGGUCUACGCUGGUUAUGAUCUAGCUUUUGAUCCUUAUGUCUCUCCUGUUUAUGAAAUUGUUUUUUUGUCCCACUGUCUGACUGCAAUGGUCGUUCACACAAUCGUCACUGUCUCCUGUAAUUUAGCUGCCAGCUUCGUGGCACAUGCAUGCGGUCAAGUACAAGUCAUUGUCUCCAGGAUAAAUUGUCUGAUUGAUGAUGAAAGUAUCGAGGAUAAUUGUUGCUUGCAGAGAAAAAUGGCGAGUAUAAUUCAGUGUCAUGCCAGAGUCAUUAGAUUCACUGUUCAUAUCGAAGUCAUUCUACGUGAAAUAUGUCUAAUCGAGGUUGUUGCAUCGACAUUCGUUAUCUGUUUACUCGAAUACUACAUUUUGGCGACCUUCGGUGGAAGUGAAGUCAUCGGCAUUCUCACUUAUCUCGUGCUUUUGAUAGCGUUAAGUGUUAAUAUAUUCAUUUUUUGUUUUAUCGGUGAGAAGCUGACUCAACAGUGCUCAGAGGCGGGUAAAGCUAUUUACAUGAUAAAGUGGUAUCGUUUACCGCCUAAUGUGGCUAUAGCUCUGGUUUUAUUUCUUGCCAGUGCACAAGUACCCAGACGACUUACUGCUGGGGGAUAUAUGAGUCUAUCACUCAACAGUUUUGUUCAGGUGAUCAAAACAUCAGUCGUUUAUUUGAAUUUACUCAGGACGAUAGAGAGUUGAUCUCUAGAAAACUGAUCUUCGAUCAAUCGAUCCCGAAUUCCAGCCGAACUUAUCCAAUUAUACGUGACUGAUCAUAGUUGAUAUACUUUUGACAAACAUUUUGUUUAUCAUUCCGAAAUUUGGUCUAUCAUUUACUAAAACAAUAAAUC